AUGAGCAUUCCCCGGAACCCGAGUCAGGGCUGCAGCAGCCAGCUUGCUGGGGGAGGAAAUAAGAGGGGUGUUGGAGGGGAAAUACCUGAGAACAGAUCUGGCCGUGCUCCAUCUGUGGAAUUGUUUGUCCCUGGGCAAGUUUUAGCACCCCAGGAGGUUGAUCGCUGGAACAACGAGCUGGCUCGCGGAAUCCGAUGGUCACACCAAUCCGCCCAAUCAGCACUGUUGAACAUUCAGUACCUCCUCCUGCAUUUGCCACCACUUCUAUCUGCCCAUGCGGCAAUCCCAGAAGAAGAUAGUCAGCAGUUUUGGAAGGAUGUGGACGUCACCUCCAGGCUUUGUGAAUCUGAGGAUAUUCUCAAUACUGCAGGGAAUUUGUCUCUCAUUACGUCUGACAUGGUGGAUAUGGAACAAGUCCGAUCGUUCCAGCUGUCGGACAAGGUAACCAAAGACCACACGCUUCUGCCACAUUUGGCAACCUUCUUUGCUCCUGGGAGAUCUGCAUAUUCUCGACUGCGGGCAGCCUUACAUCAAACUUGGGCACUUAAGAGGUUGGCGAAUUUGAAAGACAGCUGGAUCCCUCAAGCAUUCGAUGAUGAUACAAAUGUAUAUACUGCGUACUACCACUUCUGUGGGGCGUAUGAGAACAUCGGCGGGAGGAUGACCGACAACACGGGGGCCGAACCUGGUGUCUUCUUGUUGAUACAGUAUUUCAUAGGAGCUCUCGCCGGAUUGGCUUUCUUGUCAGGCGGCUGCGUUCCAAAACCCAAGCAAUCCAAAAUCGAUUCCUACCGCUCAAAGCACCACCUUCAACACGUCCAGAUGCUUGCCAAUCUGGUGAUUUUCGGUCCAACAUCAGCCUUCACCGCUUAUCGAACCGGCCCACACGUGACCCUAGGCAAUUCGCUUUCUUUGUUAGAGGUUGGGGCCAGUCUGCUCAAACAAAAGGUCGAACAUGGGAUCACGGCCCCCAUGCCACAUGCAACAUUGGACAAUCUUCGGCUGUAUUUCUUGAAUUUUCUCAUCAAGAUGGGCUUAUUAGCCGUUGGGUCGCCCAAGUCCCAACAUGCAUUUUCCCAAUCACCCACUGGGUCCACAAGGUUGCGCUGGUCAGAGUUAGACCUCUCGUAUGCAGCCGGGUGUUGUGAGUUAGAUCUUUUCAAUGCUGCCGGGUCUUGA